AUGUCUUACAUAAUCAAAACAAAACUAAAAGAAGAGAAAAAGAGAACGACAACGCUUGAUGGUCCAGAGCUGGAGGAUGAAGAGAGAGAAGAAGAGAUGGAGGGGGGAGAGGAGAGGAGAGAAUAUGAUACAUGUCUCUUGAUGGAGGUCGCGGAGUACAGCCUUCUCUUCCUGCGCCGUCCGAGUCGAAGAUUAUCUGGCCGAGGUCGACCGCGUGAGAGAGAGCGAGAGAGCGAGAGAGCGAGAGAGCGAGAGAGACAGAAAAAAAAACACGAACAUGCAGCGAACGAACGAGGAGCGAGAAGGGCCCCGAAGAGCAAGAGAGGAGGAAGAGGGAGGAAGAAGAAGACGAGAGCCCACAUUGCUCGUGCAUAA